AUGUCGGCUCGCCUGUUGCACCCGGAUGAGUACGAGCUCGCGUCGCGCUCGUCGGCCGACACGGACGGUACCUUCAACCUCGACGACGAUGACUUCGAGUCUCAAAUACCGGGUACAUCGAGGCUCAGACUACGCCAAAAUUCUUGGUGGUCUCGACUAUUUUCACCGUCGGGAUAUCGACAAUUGAAAUCCCACGCGCGACCGGUUCUCAUUCGCUCCAGCCGUGCAAGCUGCACACCACGCUUUUGCGCUCGACGACGAUGUUUCGGCCUUCACAUAGUACUUGGAGCUAUCUUGGGCUUGGUUGCAUUUGCGUCCAUUUUCAUACCUUCAUACACUCGUCCACCGGCACAUUAUGCUACUUUGCGACAAUUGGCGUUAGAGGGAAAUACCGCGGGCCGGGGAAAUCCACAUAAUCAGAAAGUAUUCAUCGCUGCAAGUCUCUAUGACCGCGGUGGCGAUCUUGCGCGAGGACAAUGGGGCUCGCAGUUGCUGCAACUCAUUGACCUUCUCGGUCCGAAGAAUGUCUUCGUGAGUAUCUAUGAGAAUGACAGUGGAGAAGAGGCUGGUGCAGCCCUGCGAGAGCUCGAGCGGCAGAUCCCCAGCGCCAAGUCGAUUGUUUUCGAGGAGCAUAUAGACUUGAAGACGAUUCCUUCUCUGACAAUGCCUGGGGGUGGCAUGCGCAUACCUCGGAUCGAAUAUCUGGCGGCAACCCGUAAUCGAGCUCUGCAGCCGAUGAGUGACCAUCCUGAGACCCGAUAUGAUAAACUUCUCUACUUGAAUGAUAUCUUUUACGAUCCGGUUGAUGCCUUGCAACUCUUGUUCUCUACGAACCUCGAUGAGUCAGGAGACCCACAGUAUCGCGCGGCGUGCGCCGUCGACUUUGAUAACCCUUUCAAAUUCUACGACACCUUUGCCACUCGCGACUUGGAGGGAUACUCGAUGGGGUUGCCGUUCUUCCCAUGGUUCUCCAGUGCGGGCAAGUCCGCCAGCCGAUCUGAUGUCCUGCACGGCAAAGACGCCGUUCGAGUCCAGAGCUGUUGGGGUGGCAUGGUGGCCUUUGACGCGAAAUACUUCCAAGACCCAUUGCCCGGUGGGACCGCGCCAGCACGAUUCCGCUCUACCUCUGAGGUAUUCUGGGAAGGCUCGGAGUGCUGCCUGAUCCAUGCUGAUAUCAAGGACCCUCAAGCCGGUCUCGACGGUGUCACCGAAAGCGGCAUUUACAUGAACCCGUAUAUUCGAGUCGCGUAUGACCAGCGCACUCUCUCGUGGCUUCACAUCACACGUCGCUGGGAGCGUCUGUACUCAUGGGUUCAAGCUAUCGGCAACUAUAUCGUGGGUCUGCCGUGGAACAAUCCUCGCCGAGCGGAGGUCCCAGGGCAAUCGGUCACCGAGACUGUCUGGGUUCCAGACGCCAACCAGGUCGGUGGUGGUUCUUUUCAGACGAUUGAACGAAUUGCUGGGAAUGGCGGAUACUGUGGAACACGAAGUCAGCAAGUCAUUGUUGAACACCGUCAGCCUGGGCAAAAGGGAUUUGAGAACAUUCCAGUGCCAUCCUGA